AUGGAAGCAAACUCAACUUCAAACUCAACAUCAGCAACUGCUACAAUUUUUAAUAAUUCAAAUGAACUUAUAAAUACUUCAAUAGAAAAAAAUAAUAAUAUAAGACUUAAAAGUAGAAUUCUUAUACCAGUUAUGAAUAACAAUAAUGAUAAUGUGAAUCAUGAUCAAAGAAAUUCUGAUUUAACGAAGGUAACUGACGUAAAUAGGCGUUCAAGUCCACGAAAGUUAAAAUUUCUUUCAAACUUAAAAGCAGUAAUACCGCACAGAGGAUUAUCAAUCAGUGAUAUCAGAUUUCAUUCAUUAGUUGAACAAUUAAGAGUUUUAAAUCUUUGUACAAUAAUAAUUAUCGGUGAUGGCAAUUGUUUCUUAUGGACUAUAUCUCGUCAGCUUUUUGGUACUCAAAUUCAUCAUUGUUAA